AUGGACUACCUGCGAACGCUGGGUUCUGCCGCUGUGUCAUCUCUGGUUCAGAAAUCUGGCCUUAAUUUACCGUUCUCGCUGGGUGCGAAGGUCCUUUCUUUUGACAACAAGUCUAUCUGGACCUUGUACGAAGGCACAAGAAGGGAUGAUGGCACACCUGUGUCUGUCUUCGAGUUUGACGCGAGUUCAUCUUCGAAGCGUAACUUACUGCCAUUGGCCAAGAACGCGCUGAGGAAAUUACGCACAGUCCGCCAUCCGGAUGUUCUCAAGUUUAUGGAUGCCGUGGAAACUGAUAAUACUGUCUACAUCAUGACCGAACGCGUGCGACCACUAAGUUCUGCCAUUCAAGAAUGGACUUCGAAAGGAGCGCGAGAAAGAGAAGACUGGAUAGUCUGGGGCCUCCAUACCGUCUCGGUAGCGCUUGCAUUUGUGAAUGACUCUUGUGCAUCCACACACGGCAAUCUUCGUGAGGACUCUAUCUUCAUAUCCGCUUCGGGCGAAUGGAAACUUGGGGGAUUCGAAGUGCUGAGCAGUCCAAAGGAUGAUGCAGCUGUGCUAUAUACGAUGGGCAGUCUUGUGCCCGAUGCAUUGCUGUACUCCUCCCCAGAAGUGAAGAAGAAUGGUUGGUCCGCUUUGAAAGAAUUGAACCCUGCUGCGGCAGACGCGUACGCACUAGGUCUUCUGAUACACUUCGUCUUCAACCCCGACCAACCCCUCCCUGCCACAGCUCACGUUCCUCAUCCGCCUCCUACUGUGGCAUCUCGAGGAAAUAUACCAACUGAUUUGUUCCCUUCAUAUAAGAAGCUCCUCAUUCCGAACGCGAAAGGACGCCUUACCCCCAAGAAUUUCCUUGAGCUCGGUAACGCAGGAUCUGCAGGGGAAGGAUCGGGCUUCUUUGUGAACAACCGGUUGAUCAAAGUUUGUGCUGGACUGGACAACUUCAGUGUUGGAAGCGAAGCCGAAAAGGCCACGCUGCUACGACUACUGAAGGAAUCAGCCUCUUCGUUCCCCUCUGAGCUUGUUUCGUACCGUGUUCUCCCUUCUCUAGUGUCUGCGCUGCAAUUCGGAGGAGCUUCUGCCCCAGCGAUACUUCCUCUAGUGCUGCAACUAGGACAAAGUGUUGCUCCUGAAGAUUAUUCUUCCGUCAUUCUUGUCCAACUCAUUAAGCUGUUUGCAAGUCCCGAUCGAGGAACACGUAUGGCGCUGCUUGACCACCUGCCUGAAUACGCCGACAAGCUAGACAAGAGAAUUGUAGCUGACAAGAUUUGGCCACAUCUCCAAACCGGGUUCACAGACACAGUAGCUAUUAUCCGCGAAGCUACUGUCAAGUCAAUCAGCCUUUUGUCCGACAAGUUCAACGAGCGAAUACUGAAUAAUGACCUGCUAAGAUAUCUCGCCAAGAUGCAGGCAGAUCCGGAGGCUUCGAUACGGACGAACACUUGCAUCCUUAUUGGACGACUGGGCCCCUCCCUAGGAUAUAACACGAAGCGUAAAGUUUUAGUGCCUGCAUUCACGCGGGCAUUGAAGGAUCCAUUUGUGCACGCCCGCGUUGCGGGAUUAAUGGCUCUCAUGGCCACCAUCGACUGUUUCGAUGUGGACGAGCUGGCUACGAAGGUUAUACCGAAUAUGGCCUUUGCUAUGGUCGACAAGGAGAAGUUGGUCCGUGAUCAAGCUUUCAAAGCUAUAGAACUAUUCGUCGAGAAGGUUGAAGAGUUCGCCGCGAAGAUGCCAGAAACUGCGAUGGUAGAAACCGAGGCUAUGCCGGCGAUGUUCCCUCCCGGACCCGAAGGACAGAACAACCUAGUGCACAGCGCCGCUGGAGCUGCUGGGGCACUGGCGGGCUGGGCGAUCUCAUCCAUUGGCAAGAAGCUAGCGACUGCAGAUUUACAGAGCACGAUAAGUUCCGUCAAUGGCUCAGGGAUAGACCGCCCGGGUUCCGCCCCACCUCCAGCCUUUUCGCGCUCGUCUGAUAGGAGUAGUCUGGGACCCUCUUCUCUCCUUGAUUCCACACUCUCAUCGCCAGCAUCACCCACCGUGCAGAUAUCGACCUCAAAUUCGAUGUCGAAGGCGAAGGGAAUGCAACUGGGAGCGCAUAAGAUGCCUGUCAGCUCGAUGGUCGCGCUAGCAAAUGAAUGGGUCGAAGAGGCUAUGGCUGAAUCUGAAGCUUCUCAGCACAAUCCUUGGGGAAGCGAUGAUCUUAUGGACGUUAAUGCAGACCAGGAUGAUUGGAGCGCAUUCGAAAGUGCACCUCACCCUGCCCCAACGGUAGGGUUGGGGUUAGGGGGUGUACACAAUAUCUCUUCAUCUUCUCCUGGGAAUGACCUUUGGAGAGACAGCGAUACGAUGCAAAGGUCAUCUACAUCAGACUGGGGUGUGAAUUCCGAACCAAGUUUGGCACUGACAUCCCAGAGAAGGCCUGCAGCUCACCCGCCUGCUCACAAGAUUCCGAUACACAGGUCGCCCACACCUUCAGAGAACGGCAAAGUAGAACUUCACAAGGAAGUACAUCAUAGUACGAUUGGAAUGACGAAGGAAGAGAAGGCCGCCGAGAUGGCACGUCGGAAGGAAGAGAGGAAGCAGCGAAUCGCAGCAUUAAAGGAAAAGAAAAAUGCUGGCCAUCUACAUUCUUGA